CAAACGGGAGGGAGGCACAGUUGAAUGGCUGGCGAACAUGCUGAAAUAAUGAUCUCAACAAUAAAUCCAAAAUUUGAAUUCCGUCAUAUGUGUAACAUUUAAUCUGUCGUGAAUAUCCGCGCGUGGCGUUACAUCUCAUGGACCUCGACAGUAAAAAACGUAUCUUCCAAGUUCAAGGGAGUGAACUAAAAUAUUCUUCAUGUUUUUUUGCAAUACCUUAGCGUCGUGAUCUGUCCCUGCAAGCAUAUUGUCACUCACUAAUUUGGAGGAGGACCACCACCACCACCACAGUGUGUGUGGUGUUUUACGUGGGGGCAGUUUCAGUGCUGUGAUUUCCCUUCAUUUUAUUGCAAAUAACAGCCUGAGUAUAUUUCCCUCAUGAAAAAUAAUCUUUGGAGCGGUUCCCGGGACAUGACCAUGAUGAUGCCGAGCAAAAGUGUGGAAUGGCUGCAAGACGAACUGGAAUCCGGUGGGAGCUCGCUACUUCUGUUGGAUUGCCGAUCGCACGAGCUCUUCGAAUCAUCUCACAUAGAGACGGCCAUCAAUUUGGCAAUACCGGGGCUGAUGCUCCGAAGGCUCAAAAAGGGGAAUUUACCGAUCCGAUCCAUUAUCCCGAACAACGAGGAUAAGGAGAAGUUCGUCAAACGGUGCAAGACCGACACGGUAGUUCUGUACGACGAGGCCACCUCGGACUGGCAGGAGAACGGAGCAGCGAGCUCUGUGCUUGGGCUCUUGCUGCAGAAGCUCCGAGACGACGGAUGUAAGGCUUAUUACUUGGAGGGGGGAUUCAACAAGUUUCAGACGGAGUACCCUGAGCACUGCGAGACCAACCUGGAUAGCUCCUGCCCCAGCAGCUCACCCCCACAGUCAGUUUUGGGUCUGGGCGGGCUGAGGAUCAGCUCCGAUUGUUCUGAUGGGGAGUCGGACCGGGAGCCAGGCAGUGCCACAGAGUCAGAGGGAAGCCCCUUGCCCAACAACCAGCCUGCCUUCCCUGUUCAGAUCCUUCCCUAUCUUUACCUUGGCUGUGCCAAAGACUCCACCAACCUUGAUGUGCUGGGCAAGUACAACAUUAAGUACAUCCUGAACGUAACACCCAACCUGCCCAACAUGUUUGAGCAUGACGGUGACUUCAAGUACAAACAAAUCCCCAUCUCAGAUCACUGGAGCCAAAACCUCUCGCAGUUUUUUCCAGAGGCCAUUUCUUUCAUUGACGAGGCUCGUUCCAAAAAGUGCGGGAUCCUGGUGCACUGCCUGGCGGGAAUCAGUCGCUCGGUAACGGUGACGGUGGCCUACCUGAUGCAGAAGCUCAACCUGUCCCUCAACGAUGCCUACGACUUCGUCAAGCGGAAGAAGUCCAACAUCUCGCCCAACUUCAACUUCAUGGGGCAGCUCUUGGACUUCGAGAGGACUCUAGGGCUGAACAGCCCGUGUGACAACCGGUCGCCCAACGACCAGCUCUUCUUCACCACGCCAACCAAUCACAACGUUUUCCAGCUUGACACGCUGGAGUCAACAUGAAGAUCAGGAGCAGGGGUGGGGACAGCCACCUCCUUGAAUGUUUUAUCUCUCAACUCCUGAAGCAUUUCAAUCCUGUCGCCCAGGCUUGGUGCAUGCUAGGAGCACAGAGGGGAGAAGGCUCCUGGUACUGCUGCUUGGACAGGCUUCACUUGGUGGGCCCACUCUAGUUGCCCUGCGGCUACUUCAGUGAUUGAGAAGUGGCUUCUCUUGCCUUUGGAACAGACUGUUCUUUUUUUGUCUUUUUUUUUUUUUUUUGGAAAAAGCGAGUAAUAGACUGGAAAAUGCUACAAAGAGCUUCAUACAAAGAGAGGAAGAAGGAACUGCAGCGCUUAACUUAUUGUUGUCUGUUUAGGCAACGCCCUCGACCUCCUGACAAGAAAGGUGCCAAUGUAGUGUCUGCCGGGAUUUUUUUCUGGAGGUGGUCUCACUCUACUGAAUGUAGGGUCUGAUUUUGAAACAAAGAA